GAGGAUUAUUAACGUUUUUCUGAUGGUCACACAAUUCGGUUUCUGCUGUAUAUAUUUUGUGUUUGUGGCUACGAACAUCAUGCAGAUUGUGUUUGAUUACACGAAUAUAAAUAUAAGUGUUUACGGUUACCUCACCAUCCUGCUUCCAUUUUUCAUCGCCUUGACCAUGGUUCGGAAUCUACGACACUUAGCCUUAGCCUCGGCAGUUGCAAACACCUGUCAAUUCGUGGGUCUGUGUAUCAUUUUUUACAACUUGUUUCAAAACCUACCACCUACUACAUCGAGACCAUUGUCUACGUCCAUGUCAAGACUUCCUCUGUACUUUGGCACGACAAUAUUUGCUUUUGAAGGAAUCGGAGUCGUUCUUCCUAUCGAAAAUGAAAUGAAAACUCCUGAAGACUUUGGUGGAUGUAAUGGUGUUUUGAACACUGGGAUGGUGAUUGUGGCUUGUCUAUACGUCGCAAUGGGUUUUUUUGGAUAUCUGAAAUAUGGAGAGGAAGUAGCGGGAAGUAUAACUUUAAAUCUGCCUGCGAAACCGAUCUACGAGCUUGUUCGAGUGAUAUUCGCCGUAGCUGUCUUUCUAUCAUACCCUCUUCAGUUUUAUGUACCUCUCAAGUUUAUCUGGCCUUUCAUCAAAAAGAAGAAAAAGUUGGACAAGACAAUGUCUCUGAACAUGCAACAUCUUUUGGAGUAUCUGCUUAGGGCAUCAUUUGUUCUAUUAACAUGUCGUUUUAAGUGGACUUGUCUUGUGGUAAAAAACGUAUUCAUAGCUACUUUUGGAGUGUUUGGUUUUGCUACAGGAACUUACGCAAGUGUCAAAGCAAUUAUAACAGCUUUUUCUUAG